AUGGCGGCGGAGAUUGAGAUUGCGAUACUAGGAGCAGGCAUAAGUGGGCUACUUGCCUGCAAAUACACAUUAUCAAAGGGAUUUAAUCCCACUGUUUUCGAUUCCAAUGACAUGAUUGGAGGUGUUUGGACUAAGACAAUACUGACCACUAAGCUCCAGACUCCUAAAUCACUUUACCAGUUCUCCGAUUUUCCAUGGCCACCUUCUGUUACACAAAAUUUUCCCAGCCAAAAGCAAGUUCUUGAUUAUCUCCACUCUUAUGCCCAACAUCACAAUCUCAUCCAACACAUUAACCUCAACACAAGAGUCCUCAACCUCACCUACCAUGGAGGACCCUCUGAACAAGAAAUGCUGACGUGUACAUUUUGGGGUGGCACAGGCCAACCAUUCGGUCCCAGGGGAAAAUGGCAGGUCACAGUGCGUGACACUCGAACCCUCUGCACACAGGUUCACCAGGUUGACUUUGUAGUAUUGUGCACGGGGAUGUAUAGUGAAUGCCCAAAUAUACCAGAAUUUCCUGCAGACAAAGGCCCCACAGCAUUUCAAGGAAAUGUAAUACACUCCAUGGAUUACUCCACCAUGGAUCAUCAAACUGCUUCUGAAUUAAUCCAAGGAAAACGAGUUGCCGUUGUUGGAUUCCAAAAAUCAGGAAUGGACAUCGCAAUGGAGUGCUCAUCCGCCAAUGGCAUUAAGCAACCAUGCACACUGUUGUACAGGAAAGAGCACUGGAAUAUGCCUGAUUACUUGCCAUGGGGAGUUCCCCUUGAAUUCCUGUAUCAAAAUCGCUUCUCCGAGCUCUUGCUUCACAAGCCUGGUCAAGGGUUUCUUCCCAAUCUCCUAGCAACCCUUCUUUCUCCUCUGAGAUGGGGAAUUUCAAAAUUCGUCGAAAGCCACAUAAAAAAGAAGCUGAGGCUUGAAAAAUAUGGCAUGGUGCCACCAUAUAGCUUCUUAAAGUCGGUCAACUCUUGCACCAUAGCAACUGUACCAGAGGGCUUCUUCGAACGAGUUGAGCAAGGAAGCAUCAUACUUAAGAAAGCACGAGGCUUCAGCUUUUGUAGCCAAGGUGUUGUCAUAGAUGGCGAAACCGAGCCUCUAAAUAUUGAUCUACUGAUACUCGCUACUGGUUUUAGGGGUGUCGAUAAUCUCAAAGAUGCCUUCAUUUCACCACCCUUUCGAGAUUUAAUGGACACUAAAGAUAACGGGCUUCAACUCUACAGGAGAUGUGUUCAUCCUAGGAUUCCGCAAGUAGCAUUUAUCGGAUUCUCGGAAAGCAUUGCAAAUUUAUUUACGUCAGAAAUGACGUGCCGAUGGUUAGCAGAGCUUCUGGAUGGAACAUUCAAUCUACCGAUCAUAAAAGAAAUGGAGAAAGAUGCAUAUGAAUGGGAUGAGUAUAUGAAGAAAUCAUCGGGUGAAUACUAUAAUAGCAGAUCAUGCCUUGCUGGGGUGCAAAUAUGGUACAACGAUCAAUUGUGUGAGGACAUGGGAUGGAACCCGAAACGGAAAAAGAGUCUCCUCAGAGAAUGGUUUGAACCAUACAGACCGAUCGACUAUGCUUAG